AUGGAUGAUUUACAACUAUCAAUACGUUUUGGAUCAAAGGCUAAUAAUUUAGAAUGGAAUGAAUAUUGCCAUAUGGCUUUAAUCCAUUCUAAUGAAACUCCAGCUGAAUGGAAAGAGCGAAUCUGGCUCAAUGUUGCAGAACUACAACCAAAAAUAUAUGAUGAAAAGCGCGAAGAAAAAGAAGUCCAUCCUGAAAAGAACAUCAUAGACCCCGUCACUUGCAGUCUAAUAAUUCCAAACUUGUCUUUGUCAGGCUCACAACUUCUUUUGGCAUUACAACAGGUUAAGGAAGGAUAUUAUAAUAUUUUAACUCCCACUUCCAUCGCAAACUUACGUGUUGAUGAACGUAGACUUUCCAUGGGGUGGAUUCUUCAACAAAGUCCGAAUUUCCGGAACUAUCAUGAUAGUUACAUAGGUACCUUCAUUUAG